UGGUUGCUAUGGCAGUGUGACGCCAUGGAGCCCGGGCGGCGGCCGCGCUACUUCACCCCGCGCGAGGUGGAGGCGCACGCGCGGCCCCGCGACCUUUGGGUCAGCUUCCUGGGGCGCGUGCACGACCUCACCCCACUGGCGCGCGAGCACCCAGGUGACGUGUUGCUGCGGCCCAUCCUGGAGGCGGCGGGGACAGACAUCACCCACUGGUUCAACCCCAAGACGCGAGAUCUGCAGACCUGCGUGGAUCCUCUGACAGGCUGCCCUAGAUACUACACGCCCCAGGGCAGGGUCCUGCAUGUGCCCCCGCUGCUGCCUCGCUCUGACUGGGCCAACGACUUUGGGGUACCGUGGUGGAAGGAUGUCAAGUACGAGGUGGGCAUCUUGUCAGCCAAGACCCGGCUUGUCCGUGUCAUCAACACCCUCACGUCCCAGGAGCACGUGCUUGAGGUGUGCGCGGAGGAGUCGCUGUGGGAGAUCCUGCGGCGCUACCUGCCCAACAAUGCGCAUGCGGGCAGCUACACGUGGAAGCACGCGGGUGCCGUGCUGGACAUGGAGCGCACGCUGGAGCAGAAUGGUCUGGCUGAUGACGAUGAGGAGCUCUGGCACCUUGGCCUCGACCCCAGCCUCCAUGCCCCUGGCCUGCUGCUGCACUUCAACGACGACCUCACCGAGCUCUAGGCCUGGCCAUGCCCCCGAUGUCCAGCCAGGGGUGCUGGAGUCUCAUCUUAGCUCAUAACACGAAUAAAUAUUCUUGGUCUGGA